AUGCGCAUCAACACCCUCCUCGCCAUCCUCGGCACAACAGCCCUCGCCGCCGCAGAUGCACCAGCCGUAACACCCUUCCUCACACAACCAGGAUCCCAACCAACAACCCUCGUCCACCAACCAUCCUCCUCAGCCGCCCCAGCAGUCCCCUUACCACCAGCAUCCUCCGCUGGAUCUCCCCUCUCUUCGUUGCCGCCAUCUCCACCGUCAUCAAACUCCUCCUCCGCCGCCGCCGGCGCAGCAACCCUCUCAACGACAACAACAUCCCGCCCCGGCGGAACCCGCACAAUCUCCCUCGCUCCCGUAAAGACAAACAUCUACCAAGAGUGCGGCGGCCUCCGACCCACGCCCAACCCUUGCCCGGCCAGCUUCGAGUGCAUCGACGACCCCUUCCGCAAGGGCUGCGGCCUGGCGUGCGAUCAGACCGGUAUCUGCGUCGUGCCCAUCAUGUGCGGCGGCAUCGCGGCCAUCAAGGAAGUGGUGCGUUGA